GGGAAUUUCUCUAUGACAAAGGAAGAGAGAACCCCCAGUCCCACCUUUCACUUCUUUUUAUAGUUAACACAACAAAUACAAAAUUUUAAAAGAGAGAAAAUAAAUCAAAUUAAAAUUCAAAGUAACUGUUAGCUAACACAUUACAAAACCCGUGUCAUUUGCCCCUCACAUGCAUUAAUUUCUCAGGCAAAAGCCUGUUUCUCGGACUGCAGUCGCGCUGCAAUUGGGGAACCUUAGCAGAUUCCAAAAAAAUUAGAGCUGCGCAAAUUCUCAGGUAAACAAAUCUCGUUCAGAUUCACCGCUCCUCUGAAGCCUUCCGAAUCGUAAUGCUCAGUUUAAAGAAGCCAUGUUGUGUCGUAAAGCACUUGCGUAAAAAUUGCACUGCAACUUUAAGAAACCUAAUACAAAGAAAAAAAAUAAGACAGCUGAAUCAAGGUCAACUUCGUGUCACGACUCCGCUGUUUCUAUGACGAAAUAUCUUCACCGCCACCCAGCAAACCUCCAAGAACAUUCGGAAAAUUCCAAAGAUGGAGGCGCCCACGGCAAGGAAUAAACUUCAAAAUGGCGGCCACCAUGCACCAGCAUACAAGAUGGCCCCGCCCACAGGAGGGGGAGAGUUAAUUCCAAGAUGGCGCCCUCUAUAGUUCCGGUCACUCGGUAAGCGCGUUGUAACAUGGCGGUCCGCGGAAGCCGGCUGCUGCUGGGUGGCGUCCGAUUGUAUAACGCCAAGCCGCUUAAGUUACAACUGAAGGGAAUUUAUCGGCCGGACCCUGCCAAUCCCCUCACUCCGGCCUGGCACCUGACCCCCGAAUAUGAAGCCAAGCUGUUUGGGCGCUACGGGCAAGCCUCCGGAGUGGACCCGACCCGGUUGUGGCCGUCGCCGGAGAAGCUGCAGGAAAUGGAAGCUGAGCAGAGAGCCUGGUACCCUUCCUUGAAGGAGAUGCAGCAGUCGCUGGAUGCCAAAGACAGCGAGGCCGAAGCCCUGCAGCGACAGAAAGAUGAGAUAAUUGCUGCCAAAAUGGCUAAAAUGCCCCAGAUGAUAGAAGACUGGCAGAGGGAAAAACGGCAACGCAAGCUCAAAGAACAGCAAGAAAAAGAACGAAGGCGGUUGUUACUGGCUGAGGCCCGGGAGCAAUAUGGCUAUCACCUGGAUCAUCACAGUCCUGAAUUUCAAGAGAUGGUGGUAGAGAGGGAGAAGAUUAAACGGAUGGAGCAGAAGGAGGAGAAAAAACGUAUGAGGGGGAUUCAGGCCAAAAAAGCAAUGGAAAGCAAAAUUCUUGCCUCAUCUCCAGAUAGCAAGGAGGAGAUGGCUGAACAAAAGGAUACCUAAAAUACUAUAUUGUAAGUCUUUUAAAUAAAUCUGCCUACAGAUUGUGACAGGCAAUUCUCAGAGGCCCAAUUGAUUUACUGCACUUCUCAUGCAUUAAAGGCCAACUUAGAAGUCUUAUGGAAUGUGGAAUGCUUCACUGUACAGAACAAUCUAAUGUCCUUUCUCUGCCUGCUGUGACCACUUGGAGCUUCAACAAAGGAUUUUUGAAUAGCA